CUCGGAGGCGCAGAGCCGCCACUCGCCACUCCGUCGCCGUAGUAACGGAGAUACGGAGCAGCAGGUCACCUCAACGCUGCGGCCGGACGGAUAACAAAAAAAAACCAAACCAAGCGACAAAACUGGGGGAGUAAACGCCGCCCGCUGCGCGUGACAUUGCUGGAUGUGUAUUUGUGUUGACUGGAAGUCGCUUGGAUCUAGAACAGACACCGGAGCGGGAUAGUAGACUACGGACCCCUCGGGACGCCGAGGAACGAAAAUAACUUUUAAAUUGUAUUAUUUGUGCUUUAAUCCGCAAAGAAAAUUGCUAUUUCUUUCUGGGUCGACCGCGCAACAGCGGAGCGCGCACAAGUCGCGUUGAGCUGCGGAGUUCCGGGAGGACACCAGAGAAGCGGCGGCUCGGCGGCCACCUGACCUCCUGGAAAACGAGACCGCAGCGAAUGACACGCAGGCUGAGAUCCGCCCGGUGCUCGUCACUAAGCCCUCUGGCGGAGCGGCACGAGUUGUUCGCGGGGCUGUUGCAUGUCCAGUAUUGACGCACCCUAUCGCGGGGGAAGUUUUGUCGAAUCCAAUUACUGAUAUCCAAAUCGUGGUAAGUGGUAAUUAAUCUGUGCUAACUGUGAAAUCGAACCGGCUGGACAUAAUUGCACGUUAAAAGUUCCACCCUUUCGUCAUCGCGCUAUCCAUCAAAUCGCUAGUAUCACGCGCAUCGUUUGACCGAAGCAGCCAAGCAUGGAUACAACCGGUGUGCACGUCCUCCGGCGAGCGCGAUGCCAAUCGCCGGUCUGAUCCCGCGCGAUGCCAGCACUCUAACCCGCAUCGGCGUGGCGCCGUGUCCCGGUCACACCGCCGGGAUGAGCAGCACCGACCUGGAGCGCAUGUCGCUCAGCUCCUCGGCCAACUCGGUGGCCUCCAGCGCGCGGACGUUGUCGGCCAACGUGAGGAAGCUGCACAACGCACUAAACCUCCUGCUCAGCGACUUUGAGAGGGAGCAGUUCAUCCACUGCCUCAACGUGUACCACUCCAAACGCAACGUGUACGACCUGGUUCAGACCCUCAACGUCAUCCUCAACGCGCCCAGCAAGCGGCAACUUCUGCCCAUGCUGCGGCUGGUCAUCCCUCGCUCCGACCAGCUCCUCUUCGAGCAGUACACCUCGGAGGGCCUCUACUUAAAGUCGGAUUUAGUUGCAUCGAGCAACGGCGACGCCGAACCCCCGCCGGGCGACUUCCCCGGCGCCAGCCCGACUCCCUCGAGGCAUUUUUCACCCAACAACCGGCCCGAGUUUCAGGUGGCGCUGCGUGGCUCGCCGGACAGCUUCAGCACCAGCAGCGACGGGACAGCUCCCCUGGUGCCGCUGCUCGGGAGGAACUUUGUCCACGAGCCGCCGGGCGAGAUACGACAGGUCACCAUGAAGCGACACAAGAGCAACGAAGGCCUGGGCUUCAGCAUCCGCGGGGGCUCGGAGCACGGGGUCGGCAUCUACGUGUCCCUGGUGGAGCCCGGCAGCCUGGCGGAGAAGGAGGGUCUGCGCAUCGGUGACCAAAUCAUGAAAGUCAACGACAAAGUCUUCGAGAACGUCACGCACGCCGAAGCGGUGAAGGUGCUGAAGGGCAGUAAAAAGCUUUGCCUCUCUGUGCGUUCAGUCGGGCGGAUUCCAGGGGGCUAUGUCACCAACCAUGUUUAUACCUGGGUGGACCCUCAUGGUCGGAGCGUGUCCCCUCCUCCUGACCUGCCCGAGCAUCGCAGCGCCACGCUGAGAAGAACUGACAGCCAGCGACGCAGCAACAUCCAGCUGCUGCAGGAGGGAGACGAGAAGAAGGUCAACCUGGUGUUGGACGACGGCCGCUCCCUGGGUCUCAUGAUACGAGGGGGAGCAGAAUAUGCCCUGGGGAUUUACAUCACCGGAGUGGACCAGGGAUCAGCUGCAGAGUGCGGAGGACUCAAGGUGGGCGACCAGAUCUUGGAGGUGAACGGCCGCAGCUUUCUGAGCGUCCCGCACGACGACGCCGUCCGGGUCCUGAAGUCGUCGCAGCACCUGAUGAUGACGGUGAAAGACGUGGGCCGCCUGCCGCACGCCAGGACGGUGGUGGGCGAGACCAAGUGGAUCGCCAGCUCGCAGAUCGGAGAGAGCUCCGCCGAUAGCAGCGUGGCGGGCUUCUCGGUGGACAAAGGAGCCUCUGCAGCAGGAAAGCCUGGCUUUUACAAAGGCGUGGCGGGUUCACAGGUGACCCUGUCCAGCCUGGUGAACCAGUCGCGGGCCAUGCUGGAGGAGCAGGCGCGCCACUUGCUGACGGAGGCCGAGCGCCAGACCAUGGGCUACUACGUGGAGGAGUACCGGGACGGACACGUCGGGGUGGAGCAGCUGGUCGUGGCGCUGUUCGAGCUGCUCAACACGCACGCAAAGUUCUCUCUGCUGUCGGAGGUGCGUGGCCUGGUCACCCCACAGGACCUGGAACAGUUUGACGGACUUGUGCUGAGACGGGAAAUUCAGGCUCUAAAAGCGCGACAGGUGACGGCCGGAGCCACGGCGCUCAAACCGGACUCCAUGUCCAUGGUGUCGUACCCGGACACCCUGACGUCGUCUUCAGCCAGCUUCAUGACCAACACCACCCUCAGCUCCGCGCGGGAGGACGGUGUGGGGGAGGGUAAUGAGCACGGCCCCUCGGAGAGUCUGAACACGCUGCUGACCGACAUCUCUCUGGACGACGUACAGUCCACCACAGCUGAAUCCCCCCCCUCCUUCAAGCCUCCGCCCCCACCGGGGCUGCAGCGGCGCCCAACUAGACGAGAGCAGCUCAACAAACGCCCCUCGUCCGAGUCCUCCCACUCGGGCCUUUACUUCACAGCGCCGGCCUCUCGCGACCUCAGCCGAGAGCCGGCGCGCGGCCCGGCCUCGGCCUCCCCGCAGCGCGAGCGGGGAGGCGCCAAGGCCCCGCCCCGGGACUACGCCGUCAUCAGAAAGAGGAACCCCGCGGCGCCUUCCAAGAAGCCAGCGGCCGCUCAGUUGGCCACCGUCUCGCAGCACGACAUCGGCCCUUUCCCCCGGGUCCAGUCGCCCAACAGGGGCGCCAAGCCCGCCGCCCCUUCCCCGUCGCCGCCGCCUCCCCCUCCCCUCCCGGCUCCCCCACCGCCCCCCUGUCUUCCCUUUAGAGGGGCGUCCGUGUCCAAAGCCGCCCCCUCCUCCCCUGGUUCCAAACAGCAGUUUGUUACAGUGGAGGUUCACAGGCCCAACGCGGAGCCCGACUUCAACGAGGUGCGCCCGCUGCCCCCAGCUCGAGGUGGCGCCCUGUCUCAGCUGUCAGACAGCGGCCAGACCCUCAGUGAGGACAGCGGGGUGGACAUAGCUGAGUCAGGACACAUCAGCAAAGACAGCUGCGCCCACUCCUCACGCACACGCCACCCCCAAGACACCCAGGCGGGCGGGGGGGGAAACCCCUCCAAGCCGCCGGGCCUGUUGGAGCCCACCUCGACACUAGUGAGAGUGGCAAAGAGUGCCCCCACUCUGGGUAUUGCCGUUGAAGGUGGAGCCAACACCCGCCAGCCGCUGCCACGAAUUGUCACAAUACAGAGGGGGGGUUCAGCUCAUAACUGCGGCCAGCUGAAGGUCGGUCAGGUGAUCCUGGAGGUAAACGGGGUUUCCAUGAGGGGCCGCGAGCACAGGGACGCCGCACGCCUCAUCGCCGAGGCCUUCAAGAACAAAGAGAGGGACCACGUGGACUUCCUGGUGACCGAGUUCAAUGUGGCGCUAUAGCCGAGUGGAGGAGGAGAGAGGACGAUGACGGGGGCGGAGUCGAGGGAAGAGGCGUUUGACGGGAGGAGAGAAAAGAAGAAAUGGAAGCGUCUGUUGUUUUAAAUGGCACAACUCAUUGAAGUAGACACCAACGAACCCCCCAGCUGAUCUGAGCCCUCCUACCAACCCGCCCCUGAGUCUGGAUACAUGAAACGAAUCGUUGCUUCAGCGUGGACGUUGUUCAGGAUGCUCCUCAGUGUCUUCCCUCCCCACCGUGGGACCCUAUGCACUAAAAUGGAGUGUAGUAGUGAGACAUAUGCCGUUUUCCUUGCUCCCCUCCCUCAUAAAACUUGUGGAUUUACAACCAUUCAGAACGGGCUGGAACUGCUCGUAGCCCCGUGGUCCGUUGGGCUUAUUUAUCUUUUGCUUCUACCACGAGAGACAAAUGCACAUCCAAGACUGAUCCUCGCACCACUUUACAUGCUUGGAUUUGUAAAUGUAAAAAUGAACAAAUGUAGAUAGAGAUGCAUAUAUAGUGUACACAUAAAGAUAGUCCUAUAUAAAUUAUAAAACCCUUAACCUCUGUCGCAUCACUAUGUAGUGAUAUAUCUCAAAGAGGAUGCUCAUUCAGGCCACCCUGGUGAGGUGGGAGGUGGUGUGUUUUACAGUGAUGCUACCUGCCUGUCUGCGCAUUAACACCCUUUCACAAUAAGGAUAAUAGAAAUACACAUUACAUGAUCAUGUUGGUCUGAUCAGACAUAACAGAAAAUACUAUUCUGAUGGAUAUAUUCAUUUCCUUUCCAUUUCUCCCUGUGUAUCUGUAUCAUUUUACAUUAAGUUCACACCAAACUAUCAGUUUUUUUUUUAAGUUUCCCCAAGUCCACAACUAAACAAAAGCCUCUUAAUUUGCUCUACAGGACCAUUUUUGUGUGUCUUUAGAUUUGGCCAGUUUAGUGUGGAGGUUCUCUCAGACCGGAUCAAAUACUUCAAUUUAUUUUUCCCUUGGCUUUGCUCCUGCUCAUCUAAAAAACAAUUGAUCAUUUUGUUUAGUAAUUUCAUAGUUUUAAUUACAUUCACUCCAUUGGGGAGGGGGGGGGGGCUUGCCGCAAUUACGCUCAAGAUGAACGUAAUGAGACAUUUAGAGGACGACACUGCCAAAGAUUUAAGAAACCCUCCUCCUCCUCUUAUGUUCACACAGUGGAUGUGUGUGCACACGCACACAUUCCAUCCACUCACCGCAAAGCAAUUAGGAGAUAAGCAAUCAGGAGGCGUGAGAUAUUGAGCAGGAGGGAGAGGACCAGAGAGCGACAGAAGCAGCAGAUGAGACGGGACUGUUCCUGUGAUGAUUUGCUUCCUCUCAGGGAGGGACGUACAUCAAACAUCCUCCACGUGUCGCGCCAGAGGCCUGAGGCCUGAGGCCUGAGGCCUGAGGCUGCAGGUUGGAACACAAAGUAAUUUGACUAAUUCAUGUUCGGUGCGCCAGUGCGUUUUAAUGCAAGUGCCGUGUGUCUGUUUUAAGAAAACAUGGAUAAAACGAUGGAGGAGGGAAACAAUGAUGAAUGUAAAAGUCAUUAGAGGCGCUUGCUUUAUGAGACACGUGCGUGGAAGGGGGGCAGUCUGGGCUUUUUGGGCGAGAAAUUACUAUCGCACACCCCUGAAUCUUUGUGGUAAAAGCUAAGAGAGGAGAACAGCACCUUUAUCCCUGCUGUCUAUCUUCAAUGAAUCAAAAUACAUGCAUAUAAUGCCCAACUAUCAAAGAUGUAUAUAUAUUUUAAGAAUCUUUCAUUUCUCACUCUUAAGCGCAACCUUAUUUGUUUCUGUCAUUAAACCAUCUUGCUAAGUGUUUUUUUCCACAGCAGCUUAAAUUGAUUACUUCCUGCUGCACAAGAACAUAAACACAGUUAUGAGAUAUAGAUCACCUUGUAGAUUUAUCCUUUAAUUCUGAGUGGUUUGUGGCUCACCUGAUGACUGUUAGUUCAAUAGUUACCAGCUUUUUUACAAAUAUUUUUUAAUUUUGUGCGUGUGUGUGUGUGUGUGUGCGUGCGUGCACACAUUUUCACUAGGCCAUGAUUCAGGUGAAAACUGUUUUUUGGCAGGAUUUUUAUACAUUUUUGUAGCUUACGUUGUCCGUUAUUAAGUCAACAGCCUGAUGAAAAGCCACCGUAUUAAACUUAAUAUCUGAGGGGAAUGUGGAGAAGCUCGCAUUCAGACAAGUUAUUUUCUCUCUUAAUAUUUCAAAAGUUCACUUACAAAAAUAUGAACUGUAUGCAUAUCCAGGACUGGAUAGGAACAAUUUCUGGAACAGAUUCCCACUCACGCAAAAACACGUGUGUGUGUGUGUGUUAAUAUUUGGGAUUACCUCCCAAGUAAAUUUCUACAAACAAGGCAAGCUAUCAUUAAAUGAUGGAUUUACUUUAAGAGCCAAUAUCAAAAUAUUUGCUACUUUACCUGUAAUUCAGGAUAUAUUUGCAUGUGUGCAUAAAGCAUGCGUUGUUCUUAUUGUCAAAUUAGGACUGAAACAACAUGUUUGUCUCAAUACUUACUUCUCUGCACUUUACCUAAACAACAGUAAAUAGUGCUUUUUUGGCAAAUAUUUCCAGCUGCAAAUAAAUACAUUUAUGAGAAUAACUCGUAAGAAUGAAGUGAAAUUUGGAUAGUAUCAAACCAGUAUUAAAGGUUUACGGUUACAGAUGCAAUUUUCUUCUUUUUAAAUCACUUUAUCUGAGGUGAAUCUUGCGCAUGGGAAAUAUACAUAAAUUAAAAAGUGUCUCAGAGGAAGUCAAACGUGAAGAAUGUAUGACUAAAACCCUCCAGGGAAAGAAACCCGCCUGCUGUUUUAUUUUACCUUAUUUAUUCAUUUAAAUUGUCAUACAUGCUGCAGAAUCGCCCCAUCAUUCCAUCAUGGACCCAUCUUGUACACGUGUUGACAGCGGCUGGGUUUUCUCUUGGAUCUCAUUUAAAGGAGCAUCCAGGCUGGAGGGAUGAUGGAGGCGAGAGAUGGAAUCCGCUGACACGCUCAUUAAUCAGAGGCCAAGACAGAGAGGUGCUGGCCUUGGCUCCGACGGGACACCCGGUCAGCUCAGACACGGUCUUGUUGGCCGCGCUGUAGCCACGUGCAGCGGUUUGCUCUCCCCACCCCCCCCAAUCCUGAGCCCCUGCCUGCCUGCAAAGGUCAGACCCUUGAUGAUGUUGAUUUGUUUGACUGAGUGAGUGUGCCUCCUGCUUUAUUAGCUGCACAAGUUUUUUUUUAGUUGUUUUUUUUAAGUCGGUCUUGAUUUUCUUCCCCGCCCGCCGUGCUCUUGAUCCGCCUCCCUUUGCCUUUGUUUUCCUGUCACUCCGUCCUUCCCCCUGGCCUGCUUCCAGUCCACUUUAACCAGAGUGUUGUAAGAGUGCUAUUUAUACAGAAAGGGUGUUUAAUUUUUCAAUAAAGAUAACUGCA